AUGGAUUCAAGGAAUCAAUGUAACCAGUACUCUGGUUAUGUUAACCUUCUUAGCAGUCAAGAACAGAAUGUGGGUGAGGGAAACUUUCCUUAUGAAAGUUUUCCUUCUACUGUAAGCUUUGGAGCCUCUCAAAUCCCUCUGUUCAGUUCCCAACAAAGUGAGGCUCCAUCCCAACCUGAUGACAUAGUAGUGGAGCGUCGGGAGAGAAGGAAAUGGACCCCAUUCGAUGACGAAGAUGCAGUCGGCCGGACCGGUCUAUCUCCACUCCAAAAAUGUACUGCAGCAAUUCGUCAAUUGGCAUAUGGUAGUGGAGCUGAUGUAGUUGACGAAUAUUAUCGACUUGCUGAGACUACUGCUCGCAAAUGUCUCCACCAGUUUACUGCCGGGAUAAUCCAUUUGUUUGGCGAUCAAUAUCUAAGACGUCCCACACCAGAGGAUCUUGAAAGACUACUCCAUGUCGGAGAAGAACGAGGAUUUCCAGGGAUGGUUGGAAGCAUCGACUGCAUGCAUUGGGAGUGGAAGAAUUGCCCCGGUGCUUGGAAAGGAAUGUAUUCACGAGGAACCGAAAAACCAACAAUUGUGCUGGAGGCCGUUGCUUCAUAUGAUCUCUGGAUAUGUCACGCGUUUUUUGGAGCACCAGGUACUAUGAACGACAUUAAUAUUCUUGAUAGAUCACCUGUUUUUGAUGACAUUAUUAACGGAAUAGCUCCCCAAGUCACCUUCUACGUCAACGGAACGGAGUAUAAUUUGGCUUACUAUCUCACGGAUGGUAUUUAUCCGAAAUGGGCUACUUUAUUUCAAUAUGUCCGACUACCACAGGGUCCGAAAAAAGGCUAUAUGCCAAAAAACAAGAAUCUGUGCGAAAAGAUGUUGAGCGUGCAUUUGGCGUCCUGCAAGCUAGAUUCGCCGUUGUUAAAAAUCCUUCUAACUUAUGGGAUAAAGAAAAAAUAG